AUGAAUUUGGAAUUCUUACCCAACGAAAUCUUACUUGAUUUAUUCCAGUAUCUUAAUGGUAUAGAUAUUCUUCGUGCAUUUUAUGGUCAUAAUUUUCGCUUCAAUCUACUUCUUUACAAACAAUUUCAAUUAUAUCGAUUUGAUUUAGUUUCUUAUUCAAAACAUCAAUUCGAUAUUAUAUGUAAACAACAUUUACCAUUUAUUUCUAAUCAAGUUACUACUCUUACUCUUUCUGACGGUGAAAAUAUUCCAGGACAAAUAAAUCUAUUUGUUUUCUUACAUACCAUCAUUUCGUCAAUUCAUUCAUUUGCGAUCACUAUCAAUAUUACACGUUCCUUCAUAUUACACAUUGAAUAUCUUCGUAUGUUUAGUACUCCUUUCGACAAUAAUGAUUAUCAAUCAUCUCCUAUUCCAACAUUAAUCGAAUUGAACAUAUGUUAUUAUCGUACGUUUGAUUUAUCAAAAAUGAUUUCAUUCUUGAAAAAUGUACUCAAUUUACGUCAUUUGAAGAUCACUAUGGCAUUUAAUCUAAUCAAUGGUUAUCAAUGGGAACAAAUCAUUCGUAGUUAUUUGCCGAAGUUUAAAAUAUUUGACUUGAACAUGUAUGAUCAAUUUCCAGACGAUCAAAAUAUCGAAGAACGAGCUAAUGAAUUAAUUAACUCUUUUCAAAGUUCAUUUUGGAUUAAUGAACAUAAAUGGUUUGUUCGAUGUUUUACAUGUGAUAAAAUUAUUCGUCUUGAAACUUCAUCUAUAAUAUUUUAUCAUUUCGAAAAAAAAAUUUCCUAA